UUUAGGUGAAAUUAAUUUCAGCAGUUUCUCAUUUUGACGUGACAUUUAAAUAGUUACAUAAAAUAGUCUCUUUUUUUUUUAUUGCAAGUUAUUAGUGGGGAGGAACAACAACACAUAUCAAUAUAAAAAAACAACAACAACACAGUGCUGUCGUUACUGUAAUAUUAUUGUGCUGUAUAAAGUUUACAAGAAGGUCAAGAUUUAAAAUGUCAACUUCCGGGUCAUUGAGUCUGAGCACUAAAUUGUACACAGUCACGUAAUUGUGUUCAAUGAACAACACAUGAAACAAACGAUAACUACAGCAGGAUCGCUGUGUCAAUAUGUGCUAUCAAGUAGACACAUUUAUGUGCUUUCGGUGACUAAGCACAAUACUUGGUAGCUUUUCAGCUGUGACUGACUGUGAUUUAUUCGAGAUAUUAUAAUUACAGCAAAGAUAAUUAUGCAUAGAAUAGUGCCAGUGAUUGUGGGGUUUACACGUAAUCGCCAGAUAACUAAGUUAGCACUAAAUAACACUCGUUGCCUGCAGUGUGCAUUAUCACAUUCUACUUCUAGUUUGGCUUCAUUUAAAUUUUCGACAUGUCCAACAUCAAAAGAUUUCAUAGGCUCCAAAAAGAAUAUACACCUCAAGAAUGUAGUGAUCAUUCGUUCCUGCUGUGGUGGUGCCAAACCGAAUCCACUGAAUCUCUCUGAAGACAGUUGCCCGCAAGGUGUACAAGGAGAUGACUGUACCACAUUCAAGCUGUGGCUGGAUAACUGCCAACGUUAUGGUCUUGCAAACUGCAAUGAUCAGCUUCAAGGUAUUCAGACGGGGCGAAAAACUUUGGCCGAGGUCCUGGCAGAGCAAGAGAAGAUGAUUGCACAGAUUGCAGAGCAGUACAGAGCUUUUCAUAGUCAAGAGGUGGGCCAGGAUGGCACACCUUUACCUGAUUCUAUGUCUGACCGUGACAGUAUUCAAGGCUGUCAGGAAAAUGUUUCUGCAUUUCCCCAGGUUGACACACCAUGCCCUCAAGGUGUUCAGGGUUCGGACUGUGCCAGAUUUAAACUGUGGCUUGAAAACUGUCACAGGUUUGGAUUCAGUAAUUGCUCAGAGCAGUUCCAGGGCUACAAGGAAGGAAAGAAAACACUGGCACAGAUUUUUGAGGAACAAGAUAAAAUGAUCCGUGAGGCUGCAGCUGCUGUAGCCAGCAAAAAUAAGAACAACACCAGGAGUUACUCCACCUUAUCUGGGCCUGACAAGUCUAAGGGGGAGACUAGCACAGGUAAAGAACCAGAAACAGAUCAGCUGACCCAGGGACAGAAACUGAAGAGAGCAGUCAAGGAAUAUGGCAGCACUGUCAUAGUUUUUCAUGUCUCAAUAUCAUUGAUGUCACUUGGGUUUUUCUACUUGCUUGUUUCUAGUGGCAUUGAUGUUGUUGGGAUUUUGAAAAGCAUGGGAGUCGGAGGCACUUUGUUGGACAACAAACUAGCUGCUGGAACCGGAACCUUUGUCAUAGCCUACGCUGUCCAUAAAGUGUUUGCCCCAGUCCGUAUCGCCACAACUUUGACUGCUACUCCAUUCAUCGUUCGCUACUUGCGCCGCAUUGGUGUUCUAAAAGUGCCAUCACAGAAAAAAUCCUAGUUUUUUUUUUUUUUACAAAUGUUAUCUAUCGCCUGUUAAUUUUAAAAGUAUUUAUCUUUAAAAUACUUUUGCAAUGAUCUGUUGAGUCCUGGCACUCGUGACAAAGAAUCAAAGUAUGUUUUAAUAUCAUAAGUGAUAUUAGAAAGCCAUUCUCACUGAUAAAAACGGAAACAAAAAAUAUAUAGUCUACAACAAUUUGUUUUGAAAGAGGCUUCUGAAUUUAAACCAUUUUUUUUUUUUGCCUGUUAUUUUAAUUCUAAUGUAUUUAAUAUUCAUAUUAAUGUACUGGUAAUAUUAAUUGAUAAGUGAAAUAAAAAAAAAUGUUGACAAUGA